AGGCUUGAACGGGGCAGAUGGAGAAUGGAGUGUUGCGGGGAACGCGCAGGCAAAGCUAAGACACAGAGCAGCGUGAUGGACUCUGCCCCACCCCUUCCUACAGGGGCAGAGCUUAACAGCACCACACUGGAAAUCUCUAGAGAAAGGUGUUCACACCUAAUCCCAUUUCUCCCUACCGCACCCAUUCUAACUGGAAAAACACCUGGCUUGCUAACAAGUGGGCGCUGGACGCCUCAGGCACCCCCAAUUCAAGGAGGGACGAAGGUGCUGGCGCUGCGGUUCGCAGCCUGCCUACCGGCUGGCAGUGAGUGACCAAAGGCCCGGCCCGUCUGCACUGUGCCCGUGAACAGCCAGGCCAAGCCGGACUCCGCCGGCUGCUCGGAACCACACUGUUCUCCAGGGCCAUCCUAGAGCACACGGCACAGGAUCGCAUCCAGAUGGUUCUUGGACACAUCCACUGAGGGAGAUUACACAACCUCUCGGGAUAAUCUGUUCCAGUGCUAGGUCACCUGCAUAGAAAAGACGUUCUCCCCCGUAUUCAACUGGAACUUCCUGUGCAUCAUUUGAAGAGCUGUUCGGUGGUGCCAAGCAAAAGGACCACAAGCAACGGGCAGAAACUGAUACUAAGGAAGUUGCACCUGUACGAGUGUCCCAACGCGGUACUACCGGAGCCCUACGCACCCGCGGUGCUGUGUUCUAUCUCCUGUGCUCAUCGCGUUCAUGCAAAUCACGUUGCCGUGCGAAGGCCGAUUCCGCGGGCGGCGAUGAAGGCGGGGUCAGGCUGAAGAAGCCUUUCUUCCUCCCCGGUGCCUCCAGCCAGGGCUGCACCGGGUGUCCCUGCCGCAUCCGCACACACGGCUAGGCGCCGCAGCCAACGCAGUCACGUGGGAGGCCGCGGCAGCGGACGGGACUGCGCAGGCGCGGCCCCGCCACCGCCUCGGGGCGCGCGUCACUUUCCGGCUGGACCGGCGGCCCGCGGCCCCAUCGUGUGCCAUCCCGACCCCCGGCGCGGGCCUGCUCAGGGAGGGCCGGCAUGGAGAAGCUGCGGCGGGUGCUGGCCGGGCAGGACGAUGAGGAGCAGGGACUGACGGCGCAGGUCCUUGAUGCUUCAACACUCAGCUUUGGUACUCGAAUCAGAUGGUUUGCCAUAUGCUUUGUUGCUGGCAUUUUAUGUUCUUUUCUUGGAACAGCAUUGCUAUGGCUCCCAAAGGGGAUUAAACUUUUUGCAGUGUUCUAUACCCUGGGAAAUAUUGCUGCUCUUGCCAGUACGUGUUUCCUGAUGGGGCCACUGAAGCAACUGAAAGCAAUGUUUGAUCCAAAACGAUUAAUAGCUACGAUUGUGAUGUUGCUUUGCCUAAUCUUGACUCUGUGUGCUGUAUUCUGGUGGAACAAAAAAGGUUUGGCAAUGUUAUUCUGCAUAUUGCAGUUCUUGGCAAUGACCUGGUACAGUCUGUCUUAUAUUCCUUUUGCAAGGGAUGCUGUGAUUAAAUGCUUCUCAUCCUGUCUAGGGUAAAUUAAAAGCACCACUGUCCAGUUUAAAAGGCAACUUUUUCCUCUGUAAAUUUUGCUCAAAAAACUCUACUUUGCCGCUUCUGAAAUACCCAGUAGCAGUUUAGUAUUUUCCUUGCCUUUUGCACUUGAGAGAUUAAAUAGUUUUUGCUAGAAACAGUUUUUAAAAUAAAUUUGGAGAAUUAUUUGUGUUUACCCUGGAACUUCCAGGCUUUUUUCUAACAAGAAAGUACAUUUAAAUACUUCAUACAGAGUAGUCUUAACACUACUUUGUAUCCAGUAACAGUUUAUUCCUCAGUGGAGGCAAGUCACUAAGACCUGGGUAGUAUGCAUAAAGGUUUCAUUUACAGUUCUGUCUAAAAUUUGCAAUGUGCCAUUUAUGUUUGUAUAUUAUCCAUUGUAUGCUCUUCCAAAGACACAGUUUUAUAAACAUUGUAAAGAUUUGGAAGGUUGUAAUUGCUCCUUUGAAAUGUCUAUACAUGUGCUUUAUGGCAAAAACUUAAUGAGAAUGUGAAAGAUAUUUUUAAAACCUGUUGGAUUUUAUUAAAAAAGUUGUAUUUUAAAUGUUUAUUUUUUUUAAAACUUUCAUACCUAAAUACUUUUUACUAAAAGAACUUACGGCUAAUGUAUAAAUGGGACUUGUGAAAUAAAUUCAUUUUAAAAGUG